AUGUGGGUGGGGCCACCCCCUCUUGGUGGCACCAUUGGUUAUGUAUCCUUUAAACGCUCUCUUAUGCUACCUUUCAACCACGCGCUGACAGAGGCGAAACGCCAAUUAUUCAAUUAACGAUGUUAGCCGAGGGGUCUGCCUUUUCCCAAUUAGACAGGAACACGUGAACUCUCUCCCCUACUUAGGGACGGGCAAAUGGGGCACGCAUGUACAGACAACACUCCGAAUGUCCAGAAAAAAAGUGUGUGAGUGAAACACGACAGGCAGAAAUAUGCACGCUUUAGUGAACGCUUUCAUGCGCUGCCUCUCCUUUCUCCUGCCUCCUUCUUGGCUUUGUGUCAGCUACUGCUUGUGGGUUGGGAAUGACUGUGAAGACGCGCUCCAGCGGCCCAAUCCGAGAGCUCGUUUCAAAAACAGAAAGCCUCUUACAUAUGAGGAAGUCAGAGCAGCAGCAACAGAAGGAGGCUCCAGCCCCUCGGUCUCACUAGGUCCAGGUUGCGUCUCGCUGGCCGCUACAAGCCCCACUGCUCCUCAGGGCCCUCCAAAGGCUCGGAUCUGGAUCGGGGCUCUCUGGCGAGCCGUGGAGCGUGUCUUUGGAGCCCCCUGGGUCGUUCUCCGCCAUCGUUGGUGUCCGAAGAAGCGUCGAACAGCUUUGCGCAUUCCGUGUCCUGCCCGCGUCUUUGAGCCGAGACAGAUUAGAAGCUUCCAGGGAGCAGGCGCCGCUACUGCUGCUACUACCCAGGACUGGGAGGGACCCGGCGUAGCCGCCUGGACCCAGUGGAGCAACAUGAGCGGUUCCAUGGGGGUCCCCGGUCUGAACCCGGCGGAGCGAGUCUCGGAUGCGGAUGACCAGAGCGUCGAUGAGGUAAUCACCGUGGACCAACACUCGCAAGAGAUUGGGACGGUAACGAUCACUGUGGCGAUUCAGGCAGCAGAAGACGAGGAGCCGGAGGAAGAGCGCUCCGUUAAUAUUGAAUGCCUCCGAGGCAGCUGCAGCGAGGACGAGCUGGGAAGACACGAGAAAUCAAGUGGUGGAGGCACCAGUGGGGGGGAGUUGGAGGAGGAGAGCUGGCAGCCCCCAGAUACGGAGCUCAUCCAAAAGCUGGUUGCUCAGAUUGAAUACUACCUGUCGGAUGAGAACCUGGAGCACGAUGCCUUCCUGCUCAAACACGUCAGACGCAAUAAACUUGGGUUUGUUAGCGUCAAGUUGCUCACCUCAUUCAAAAAGGUGAAACACUUGACUCGUGACUGGAGAACAACUGCCUAUGCACUAAAACACUCAAAGAUCCUUGAGCUGAAUGAUGAGGGGCGUAAGGUGCGCCGAAAAUCUGCGGUACCAGUGUUUGCCAGCGAAUCGUUGCCCAGCCGCAUGUUACUGCUAAGCGACAUGCAGAAGUGGCCUGAACUGGCAGCUCUCACUAAGGAUAAUGGAACCACUGAGGGAGGAGCAACACAGCAGGAGCAGCUGAUGAAGCUGCUGCUCAAAGCAUUUGGGACAUAUGGUGCCAUUGCCUCAGUCAGAGUCCUAAAGCCAGGGAAGGACCUGCCAGCAGACCUCAAGAGGCUGAGUGGGCGCUACGCUCAGCUGGGCAAUGAGGAGUGUGCCAUUGUGGAGUUUGAGGAGGUGGAGGCUGCUGUUAAAGCCAAUGAAGCUGUUGGUGGUGAGGACAGAGGAACCAGUUCGCUGGGGCUGAAAGUGGUCCUGAUUGGAACAAAGCCACCGAAGAAGAAGGUACCCAAAGAGCGACCUCGCGAGGAGGGGGGAAUGCGCAAAAGUCGCUCUCUGAACAGCAGAGUCCGAGAGCUUCAGUAUCACGGGGAUGACUCUGCAUGCAGUUCUUCAGAGACAGAAAGCACCCCCACAUCACCCAGGCUGGCUAGAAAGUCCCAAUCCUGCAACAAGCUAAGCCCCACCACUGCUGGCAUCAGCUUCCAGAACAAUCACCUAAGUCCUGGUAUAUCCCCUCGCAACAGCCCCUGGUCUAGCCCCCGAGCCAGCCCUUGUUCUCAGCGCAAAGCUCUUCACUCCCACAAGUCUCCCUUGGCUAGUGAUGGCAGGCUGAGCCCUGAGGCUGGGCGCCGGUGGGCAGACUACUCCUCAGACAGUAGCCUGACCCCUUCAGGGAGCCCAUGGGUUCAGCGGCGCAAGCAGGUGGCAUCUCAGGAGAGCAGUCCGGUCGGCAGCCCCAUGCUGGGCAGAAAAAUCCAGAAUGCCGAUGGGCUGCCACCAGGAGUAAUGAGGCUGCCAAGGGGUCCUGAUGGAACCCGGGGCUUUCAUGGUGUCACUGUUGCCGAGAGGGGAAAGACUGCCGCCACACAGACUUGAUAACGUGGCACAUGGUGAUGUGUUCCAUAUCCCCCAGAAAUAAAAUGUGAGGUUCCUGGCCCUGUUGCUCACCCCCUCCUACAUUUGAGACUGUGUAGAUAUAUUUUUGUUGAGUGUGUCAGUUUUCAGUCUGUUUAUAUUUUUAUAUGACAUUUUGUGUUACCAUGGUAACAUUAGGGGGUUACCAAUGGAAAUUAAGUGAAUGUAAACGGAUUAUGGAUUUGAGAGAAAAUUAGUUGCUGCUGAAUGGGACCAUGUUGCCUCCAUUUUUCUCAAAACUCGUUCUACUCAAGGUGUGCUAAAGAGAGAAUACCACUUUUUUUUUUUCUGCUUUUUUCAUGGUAAACUCUCAUGUCUGUGGCUGACAUUUGGAUGUUUAAGUGGCAUAUUGGCACAUGGACUCAUAUCACCAUAUGCCUUUUCUGUAUUCGUCAAGCAUAAAUUCUGUUUUCACAUGCUGUUUCAAUUAAGGCCACACCAGCUCCACUGCCAUAACCGGUAAACAUCACACUUUUUUUGGUUUGGUUCAGUUUAAUUUUUUUUUUUUUUUUAUGUUCAGCAUCCUUUGGCAGUUUGUAGGGUUCUCCUGCCCUGCAUGUGUCUGGCAGGCAGCUGCUUUAUUUAUUUUUAUUUUAGCUUUUUUGUUGGUUUUGUUUACCAGUCUAAACAGACAGUGUGGUUUUGAGGGAGAUCCAGGUCAGGAAGAAUGGAUGCUCUUAUGGUUUUGGGGUGUUUCCUUUUGCCUCACAUCAGAGCUGGGGUAUUUGUACACUAAAAUUCCUACUGUACAAAUAAAUCACUGAAACUGCA